AUGAUUCCGAACUGGUUAAAUGAUACUCCCAACAAUGGGCAUCAGCAGCAAAAUACAUCCACUCAGCAAGGAUAUGCAAGCUCAAGCCAACAAGAAGCACAACACCCGACGACAAAUAUCAUGAGCGUGUCUUCAAACCAAUCACAAAACAUUAAUCAACAGCCACAACAGAAAGCUUCAUAUAUUAGGAUAAAUCCGAAUACAACAACACCCAUCAUCAGCAAUAAUUUUAAUUAUAAUAAUUCAUCGACUCAAAAUUCGUUGAUGAAUUUAUUUUCACUACCAACCAAUCGAUCAUCCCUUUCACAACCACAACAACAACUUUCGCCACCACAACAUCACUAUUCCACAACACCCCUUUCUCAAAUUCCACAACAAAAUCUUCCCGUGAUGACAAAUACUGCAGCACUCAUGAGCCAACCACAAGCCAACAACAUUGCACCAAUCGAUUAUAGUCAGUAUCCACACAACACUAUUUCACAACAAAUACGACAACCAUUUCUUUCACCACCAACUCCACAGCAACAAUUUAUAGGUCAAGCAUCAAUUCUAGAUUCUAGUUCUACCGUUCGCGCAAGUAGCCUCCUUAUGACAUCAACCCCUGACCAAUUUCCUUUUUUAUCUCUUUCAUCUAACCUAAACAUCAGCUCAUCGACAACUUCGACAUCUUCCUCUUCCAGCGGCUCUUCAUCAUCAUAUAUGGUCCCUCCUGCUUUCCAAGACCCUAACCUUUCUAAAAAUAUCCCGAGUGUCACACAAGGUAAACACGAAACAUCAUGUUUAUUAUGCAAAAUUCGGCAUAGAAAAUGUGACUAUCUCUAUCCAUCUUGUACUCAUUGCUCUAAGGAAACUCGAACAUUUUGCCUGUAUCUGCAAGGAAAAACCCAAAAGCCAAAACAGCAUGAGGAGCGAGACCAUAAAAAUGAACUAUUCAUGAUAACAGGAGAGGAGGAAGACAAUAUCACAAAAUAUAUAACCAGAGAAAAUAUUGACACAAUUUACAAAAACGUACAUAACAAUAUUAGCAGCAUCAAGUGUGGACCUGAAAUUACGAGCAAAUUAUCUUAUUCGUUAAGCAUGAAACUUAUGGCGAAAAUUCUUCCAAAGGCAGAACGGGAUCUCCUUUCGCAAUUGCUUAAAGUUUCACUUUUUCCUCACAUAGCAAGACAAGCCAACAGAGCGGACACAGACCGUGCCAUGAUGUACAUUCUUCAAUGUCUCUGUUUGCAAAGAAUUGGAGAGAAAAAGUUGGGGAGAGAGCAAUUUGAGAAAGCCAGGUCUAAAAUGUCAGCAAUGUUUGAUCACGUUUCAGAUUUUAAAUUAAUGGCAGUAUAUGCAUUGGUUGUGGCAUACCUAGUGGGCGAAGGAGACAAACAAAAAGCAGAAUAUUAUUUGAAUCAUGUGAAAUUCUAUGUGAAAGAGUUUCAGCCUACAUCUGAAAAUGCUCAUUAUUUGCUGAGAACUGCUCUUUUUUCAGAGUCUUUUCUUCAAAGUAACAAUCAUGACCAAUUAUUAACUCAUUUCGAGAAUGUUCUACUCUUUUUCACUCCCAAAGAAGCAGCGUCAUAUAGUUUGUCUAAAGAUGCUACAGACGCUGUUUCUAAAUAUAUAGCCAGCUCAAAUGAGCAAAUGUUUUCGGUGAAAGAACCCAAAAAACCAAACCCAGAAAAAACUGAGCUAAAAAGACAAUUGUCCGAAUUGAAACAUCUUGUGGAGCAAAACAGGCAAGAAUAUCCUAUGGGAUACCACCAAUUAUUUGAUUCUCUUUCUACAAGCUCGGAAGGAAGUGAGUAUGACGAUGAGUUUACACAUACAAGCGAGAGAGAGGAACCAAAUGAAAACUUAGAAAACAAAAUCAAGCAAAUUAACAUAGCUGUAGAGAAUAUCAAAGCAAUUUUCGGAACUACAGAUUAUAUUGGCAACAUGUUCAUGACAUUUCUUUAUUCAAUUGUGAUUUUGAGAAAACAUCGAUCAUUUAAGGGCGAAAUAUCACUUGAAGCAAUCAAAUAUGCCGAUUUAAUUUCUAAAACGACACAAUACGAAGAUUUUAUUUACUCAUCCUUUCCAUGCUCUGUACCAAUUUCUCUUGCAUGUAGGGUCCAUUUGCAAUCACUCAAGAAUAUCUUGAUCACAACCUCUCUCAUUAUUGCCGAAUACGCAGAAAAAUUAGUUUCAUUUCUCAAUAUGGAUUACCAAGCAUUGAAAAUGCUUGCAAAACGAUUUCCGCUUGUGGAUCAAAAAUAUAACAAGUUGUUGCAGGAUGUACAGGUCACACUAGAGAACUUCCAGCAAAUGAAAGACAAGGAACCUUCUCGAUUUAUGUCAUUGCAACACCUCUCGCAGUACAUGAACGUUUUCUAA